AUACGGACACAUCUACGGACGGUUGAGAAGUGCUGCAGCGGCUACACCGAGGUCAAGUCAUCCACAGGCUUCCUGAUGUGUCAGGCUGUCGUGUGCUCCCAUGGCUGCCGCCACGGCAUCUGCCUCACGCCCGACCUCUGCCACUGUGAGGCUGGCUACACCGGACCCUCCUGUAACAUUACGUGUCCUGAGGGCUUCUACGGUCUGCAGUGUAAAGAGGUCUGCAGCUGCCCCUCUGACCAGUUCGUCUGCCAUCACGUGGACGCCUGCACAUGUCGGCCCGGCUUCGGAGGCGACCGUUGCGACGAGCCCUUGCCUAACGUCGUCGUCCCCCUCGUGGUCGGCGUUACCGUGGGCCUCGUCUGCCUCAUCGUCCUGGCAGUCGUCGUGUGCGUGGUCUACCGCAGGCGGCGUAUGGGGAACAAGGGCGGGGAGCAUUCAAUGGUUCAGUUCACCGCCCGUCCCCCCACCUCCGAGGGACAAAAUGGCGCUGCCGAGGUUUCGUUGGCCCUGGCCUUAAGGUCUCACUUGCCUCACCGAGCCUCGGAAAAGAAUUUCCCUCUUCAUGCUGGACAAGACAAACUCCUCCAGCUGACACAUGAGGCUCUCGUGGCAUAUUCAGCGAGGCGACUGCUUUCACGCGAUGCUGUUGGCCGCGGUUGCCCGCCUGUGUCGUCUGCUGCCCAAGUGAAAAUAAUAUCAUGCCACUCUGAAAAAUAAGGGCGACAUUGUCCAAAAACGGAGUCUUCUUGACUUUGUUUGGUCCGGCGAAAGAGCGUAUCAGUGCUACCUGAAGAAAGUGUGUCACUAUAUGGACAAUAUGACCCAUCCAUUGUAAUGAGUUUCUUCAACAUCUCCGCACUGUAAAUUUACUGAAGUUUCCCUUAAUAAAAUAAAAUUGAAAGAGCAAGAAUAAAAUAGAAGCUUUAGGGGAUACCAUUUCAAAUGUAGAUCUCUAAUAAUUUUCUAAUGAGUAAAUGCUUGAGACUCGUGAAAUAUUACUCUUC